AGCUCAGCCAAUAGAAUGACAAAUCUCCGCCCCUGCUGGCUCGGACUGGUUCUCGUCCCAGGCGCGAGGCGGGUCUUGCGCUCAAAUCGGCGGCGCCAAGGCUGCCAGCGCGGCGUUAUGGAGGCUGUGUUGGGGCAGGUGGCGGAGUUGCCCGCGUUGCUCGCCGUGUCCCGCUCCGCCCUGGUGCGGGACUGGGACCCCCCGACCCUGGACAGGGCUCUGGAGUGGGCACGCUACUUCCAGCACCUCCAUGACCGCUUCCGCAGCCGGCCCCAGCUCCGGGACGCCCUGAGGCGGCGGCUGCGGCGGGGUGAGGCGGGCAGCCCGCUCUCCUUCCGCCACCUGGGCGGCUGCUCGGAGCUGCUGGGCCUGGCGCUGCUGGAGAAUCGCGCUCUGCCGCCCGCCGCCUGCCGCCGCCUCCUUCAGCGCCUCUUGCAGGGGGAGGCUGGCUUCGAGCUGGGCCGCCUGGCGCCUCUGGCCCGCAGGAAGGCCGCCUCCUACCUUCUGGAGGGCUCCGCGCUGUUCCCGGGCAAGCCGGGCCCGCGGGUGUGCGCGGAAGCGGGGCUGCUGCUGUGCCGGCUGCGGGAGGACGGACGGGAGGCUGGGGCGGCCCUCGGCUGGCUUGGCCCUGUCCUGGAACAGCUCCCCCAGCCCCGGGCUUUUGCUGUGGUGGCAGAGGCCCUACUGCGGCAGGGGUGUGGUGGCGGGGAUGGGGACAGCUCGGCUGGGGGGCAGGCGGGUGGAGCAGAGGCUGGAAGCGUUGCCGGCGCCCUGCUUUCCUGGCUGCUGGAGGAUCUGCACCGAUUUUCUGCCUGCUCUCUGCUCCUCCCAGGCACUCUUCUCGCCUCGCUAGCCGGUCGUUAUGCACAGUUAAGCAGGCGCUAUUUGGAUCUUUUAGCUGAGUGGGGAAGUCACUUGCUGUAUGACCCACUACAGGGACGGUGGGUUAAAAGUCGUUCUGAGGAAGCUAAAUUGUGCUGGGAGGAGCUGAGGGAGCGUUUUGGCUGCCUCUGUCAGGGAUCUGUGCAACUCAGGGAGCAAACCCAAGCUGCUUUGAAGCUCCUGAAGGCCCGAGAUGGAGACUUUCAAGUCUGUGGCCUAAGCGUGUGGACUGACUUGCUGCUGGAAGUGGAGGAAGACUUGAGAAAGAAGCAGAGUCCAAAUGUGUGAAUGGCAAAGCAACAUAAAACUUUAUGAAAACCAGUGAAUUGGACUAUUUGGUAUUUAUUUGACGAGCAAGAAAACUGUACCUCGCUUUGGGUUGAAAACCAAGAACUGUUAGGACUGCUGAGCACACUGUUUCUGACUGCCCAUGAACUCUUGGGAAGGCCUGUUACUUCCUUGCAUCUGUACUAUUGAUUCUCUUGGUGACUGGCAAGAAAUGUCUUCCUUUACAGUGCUUACUGCUCAGCUAAUAAAAUGAAGAACAUGUUUUUUUUAAUGUGUUUAAAUGUUUUUAAAAAACUAAGCUUUCAUUUUUUUUUAUUGGCUACGAAUUACAGCUGAGAUGGUCACAGUAGUUCUGUUUUUUAUUGUUCAAAGGGAAUGGUGGAGAUUCAAACUUGAAAAUCCCAAAUGCAGGGUUAGUUUAGUAGUGAUUACCUUCAUUAGUCUGUCAGUUCUGUUGGCUUUUUCUGAUUUUAUCUGUGAGUUAGCCUCUGUGCCUAAAGUAAAGGCAGGGAAAAGAAAAACUUGAAAGCUUACUGAAAAGUUCUAAAACUUGAAGAUUUUAUUAGUUACCAUAUUAUAUACUAAUAUGCAAAUAUUAAAUAUAUUAAAUUUAAAUGUUUAUUAAAACAACAGUAAAAUGUAGGAUAUUCUGCUGUGUUUUUCUUCCCUUUUCCGUGAUCUGUUAGAUUAAAUGUUUUUAUUUUCAUUUUGUGAAACAAAAGAGUGGUAUAACAAACUUUUAAAAUGAAGUCCAAGAGUUGUCUUUUGUUGAAUCAGUUUCUGUGAACAAAACUCAAAUGGGUAAAAAAGUACUGGACCACCAUGACUUAAAACAAGUACUGUACUGCAGAAUUAAUGAGAUUUUGUCUGGUUAGCUCUGUAAGCUAGAAUUACCAAUGUAAGCAGUGUAAUAAGAUACAAUACUCAGUGAAGGUGGGAAAUGCAAAUAGCAUAAAAGGUUCAUGUGUAGAAGAUCUGUGAAAGAGUUAGUGUAACCUGUAUUUAGAUAGGUUUGAUAUAAAUUGAGAAAACUCUUGUGUUGAUGAAAUGCCUUUGUGAGAAGGGUAAGAAGGUGAUUUGACUAUUUUAUAUAUAUGUGUUAACUGAUUUACACUAAUUUGAGUAACAUUCUGUGUUACAAAGUAAAAACGUACAACUGGAAAAAUUCAA